AAUUCAAAAUAUGCCACUGUCCAAUAAUACAGUAAAGGCACGAAUUGGAAAAAUGUCAUGCGAUAUCGAAGAGCAACUACUAGGUAAAAUAAAAAGUUCCCCUUACUUCGCUCUUCAAUGUGAUGAAACUACUGACAUUGCGCAAUGUUGCCAGUUAUUAGUUUUUGUGCGGUUUUUAGACGUUGAGGAUAAGACCAUAAAAGAAGAGUUAUUGCUGUCAAGUGUACUUGAGACAACGUCGAAAGGGAUCGAUGUAAUGCAGAUCAUUAGUAAUUAUUUUGAAAAUCAUGAUCUCAAGUGGGAGAAACUAGUUGGCUUUUGUACGGACGGAGCUCCAGCUAUGCUAGGAUGUCGUUCAGGUCUUGCAACAUUAGUGAAAGAAAAAAAUCCGUCAACUUUAACAACACACUGCGUCAUUCAUCGGCAAGCGUUAGCUACAAAAACAUUACCAGAAGAAUUAGCUAAUAUUUUGAAACUGGCAAUAAAGUUAGUGAAUUUUGUAAAAAGCAAAGCACUUAACACACGUAUUUUCAAAAAACUUUGUGUUGAAUUGGACUCCGAAUACGACACAUUACUUUUUCAUACAGAGGUUCGCUGGCUUUCAAAAGGGAAUAUGCUAAAACGGUUGUAUGAACUAAAAGAGGAAAUGAAAAUAUUUUUAAACGAGAAGGAUUCAGAGUUACUUGAAAAAUUUUGUGAUUUGAAAUUUGAAUUACAAUUUGCUUAUUUAGUAGAUAUUUUUGAGCACUUAAAUAACCUUAAUUUGCAACUUCAAGGUUCGGGACACAAAACCUUGGAAUUUAGAGCAAAUAUUUUUAUUUUUGAAGAUAAAAUUCGCGCAUUUGUAUGCAAAAUUAAUCUAUGGAUGAAUAAAAUCGAGAAUAAUAAUUAUUCAGCAUUUCAGACAUUCCAAACUCUUAUCAACGACGAUCAAUAUGCUGAUAUUUUAAUCGAAAUUCAACAUAACAUAAAAAAACAUCUGGAAAAAUUAAAAUCUGAAUUUAUUCGCUACUUUCCGGAAUGGAACGAAGUUAACAGUGUUCAAAAAAUAAUUCGAAACCCUUUUUGUGCAAAAGUUGAAGAAGCCCCAGAAUAUCUUCAAGAAGCUGUCAUCGAACUGCAAAAUGACUCUGACUGCAAAAAUAUGUUUGAUUCUGGUAUGAACCUUGAGGAAUUUUGGUGCAGAAGGGCAACAUUACAUAUUCAACUACGGGAAAUUGCCUUACGUUAUUUAGUAGUAUUUUCAACUACGUAUUUGUGUGAACAAGGAUUUUCCAGUCUACUUGUGAUCAAAAAUAAACAGAGAAAUCGCUUGGACGUAAGUGACGACAUGCGUUUAGCCAUUAGCAACAUUCAUCCGAGAAUUGAAAAACUGGUCAAAGAAAUGCAGCCACAAAAAUCACACUAA